AUGCCGUCCAAGAGAGGGACGCGUCUGAUCUUGCUGACAGCAUGUGCGCUGCUCGUGCUGUUCUGCAUCGACCCGUUCCGCCAUGCGCACACGAAGCCACAUUUCGUCGCCAGCACCGUCAACUGGGCCACGGUCCGCGAAUACCACCCGGCCGGUCGGAUCAAACAGCUGCCCCGGGGCAAGCCGCGUCCGAUCGCUCCCGUCCAGGCGCCAGCCAGCGCCUUCGAGAGCCCCACGAGAGCCGAUCCUCGUCGCGACGAGGUCCUCAAGGUCUUCAAGCGGAGCUACAGAGCCUACAAGGAGCAUGCGUGGAUGCGUGACGAGCUGGCCCCGUUGUCGGGCCGCGGGAAGGACACGUUUGGUGGGUGGGCAGCGACGCUUGUCGACUCGCUCGAUACGCUUUGGAUCAUGAACCUCAAGACGGAAUUCUAUGAAGCUAGUGCUGCCCUCGCCCAGAUUGACUGGGCCAAGACGCCCGAUGGCGCCGCGAACCUCUUCGAGACGACUAUCCGGCACCUGGGUGGCCUGCUGGCCGCGUACGACUUGAGCGGCGAGGACGCUCUGCUCAGGAAGGCUGUCGAGCUCGGUGAGAUGCUCUACAAGGGGUUCGACACGCCUAACCGUCUCCCCGGAUUUUGGCUCAAUUACGAGGAGGCGAGGAACGGUAAGCAGGUUGCCGGCGUCAACGACCCCUCGGCAUCGCCCGCGUCACUGUGCCUCGAGUUCACGCGCCUCUCGCAGAUUACCGGAGACUGGAAAUAUUACGAUGCCACCGACCGUGUAAUCAGGUUCCUCCAGCGCGUCCAGUAUGACUCCAGGCUGCCGGGAAUGUGGCCUAGGACCAUCAACUUCCGGCAGGAGAAGGUGACCGAGAGCCGCUUCACCCUCGGCGCGCUCGCUGACUCCCUAUACGAGUACCUGCCCAAGAUGCACGCCUUGACAGGCGGCCUGGAUGACACGUACGAGAAGCUGUACUACGGGGCCUCCGAGACGGCCAUCAAGCAUCUGCUCUUCCGCCCCAUGCUUCCCGGUGGGGACGACAUCCUGUUCACGGGUGACGUCAAGGUGAGCUCGACGGGUGACAUCGACAAGAUCCCGGAAGGCCAGCAUCUCAGCUGCUUUGCCGGCGGCAUGUUUGGCCUGGGUGGCAAGCUGUUUGACAAGCCCGAUCACGUCGACGUCGGCGAUCGUCUUGCCCGUGGUUGCGGCUGGGCGUACGGUCAAUUCCCCACGGGUGUCAUGCCCGAGAUCUUCAACCUCCUGGCCUGCGAGUCGAUCAGCGGCUGUGCCUGGGACGAGGACAGAUGGCUCAGGAAUGGGGAUACGGCUCUCAACAGGGGCUGGGUCAAUGCCCGCGACGCGCGAUACCUCCUGCGGCCGGAGGCCAUCGAGAGCAUCUUCCUCCUGUAUCGUAUGACGGCUUCGGAGGAUCUGAGGGACAUCGCAUGGGACAUGUUCCAGGGCAUCGUCCGGUCGACCAAGACGGAUAUAGCCCAUGCUGCUAUCCGCAAGGUUACCGAGAUGGGCUCGCCGCAAAAGGAAGAUUCCAUGGAGAGUUUCUGGCUGGCCGAGACGCUCAAAUACUUCUAUCUCAUAUUCUCCCCGAUAGAUCUGGUCAGUCUGGACGAGUACGUGCUCAACACGGAGGCGCACCCAUUCAGGCGACCAGAAUGA